UCUAAGAGGAGCCGAUAAUUUGAUGACUAAAUGUAAUUUUUUGCAGGAGCUUUGAUACGUGUAUGACGUGUAAAUCACUCAAAUCUUCUAAACACGAACGAAAUCAAAGGCGCCCUGCCGCCCUCAGAUAUUUCUGUUUCCCUCUCAACUCAACCGUGGCAGUCAGCAGCGUAUCUACUCCUCUGUACCGGUUCUCCUUAUCCGCGCCUAAUAAUAUUGCUUCCAACACCUCCCUUACUUCUUCAUCAACAUUUUAACUGAAAUACUUGUUGAAGACAACGGCACUUCUCUACAUAGGAUUGAAGCCAAAGCAAAACCACCGAACAACAUCCACCACCACACCACUGCCGGCGAGCCGCGACCACUCUUCUCCUUCUCCAUCCAUCACCGCCGCACCCCCCUCAAUCUUCUGUAUUGAUUCUUUAGUUUAGAGAGCUAUCUCCAUCCAUCUCUCUCCACAAACCCUAAUUGUUGUAACUUGUAAGGUAGGUUUGAAUGGCCAGUAAGGAUGACGAUGUAAAAGAGAAACUAAUAGUCGAUGCCCGGGCUAGAGACAUCAGUCACAAUGUGAGAUGCACUGAUUGUGGGAGUCAAUCCAUUGAAGAUUCUCAAGCCGACAUUGCCAUUCUUCUUAGGAAGCUAAUCCGUGAUGAAAUUCGUUCUGGAAAAAGUGACACGGAUAUCUACAAAAAGCUUCAAACUGAAUUUGGAGAGAGUAUACUCUAUAAACCCAAGUUUGAUUGGCAGACAGCAGCUUUGUGGUUAUCACCGCUCUUAGUUGGUGGUGCAGCUGUUGGAGUAUGGGCUUACCAGAAGCAUAGACAAAAGACUAACGUUCAUAUCAUGGCUCUGAACCUUGUUAGAGGUGUUCCAUUGACCCCAAGAGAGAAGGAAACAAUGCUUGAUAUUCUUACACCACCUGCUUCACAGGGAUUUAAGUCACAGAGAGUUGAGACUUCCUCCUGGUGGAGGAGAUUGCGAGGUCAAUGAUCACAUCGACUAUUUAGAUCGUGGCUUUUACCUUUUAGGCAACUCUGCCAACUCAGUUUGUGGCUUUAAAGGACAACAAACGUAUUCAAUUUAUAUGUUUAUGAAUGUAUAUUAGGUUUCACUUUGAUGUUAAUCCACAAACUUCCAAGACCGGUAUUUUAAUUUUAUGCGUCAACACCAAGCGUGGAGCAGAUAUACAUGCUAAGAAUGAGUUCAUAUGUGUAAUAAUGUUGAUUUCAUUGCAUAAUUUCCAUGCCAAUCCUUAAACUCUGUAUCCUGGACUUGAUAUCCAGGAUUUCUGGCAUUGUGAUUCUGUAUUCUGACAUUACAUUUAAGCAA